AUGGCUGCGAGAUUUACUGUUGACGAUAGCUCGAGUGAGAGCAGCUCCGACGAGGAGGAGCUUUACUCCGAAGAGGAGGAAGAGGAGGAAGUGGACGACGAUGAGGACGACGACGACAGCGAUGACGAUAGCGAUGAAGACAGCGAUGAAGACAGCGAUGACGAAGGUGCCAAAAAGCGUGGCGCCAACGCAUUCUUGCUCGACGAGUCUUCCGACAGCGAGGAAGAGGCUGACGAGGCCACUACCAAAGUCAAGAGUGCCAAGGAUAAGCGCUUUGAGGAGUUGGAUGCCACAAUCACGGCCAUCGAAAACGCACAGAAAAUCAACGACUGGGGCUCUGUCUCUACAGAAUUCGACAAACUCAACAAGCAGGCCGAAAAGCUUCGUGCUGGCUCAAAAGCACCCAGACUUUACGUCAAGGCUGUUGCCGAUCUCGAAGAUUUCAUGAAUGAGACCAUCUCAAUGCAGAAAGUCGCCCUGAAAAAGAUGAAUGCGACCAGUGCGCGAGGCCUGAAUGCUGUGAAGCAGCGCAUACGGAAGAUCGUCAAAGAGUAUCAGUCCCAGAUUGACGCCUAUCGUGAAGACAAGGAUGGCUUUAUGCUGUCUGACGAGGAGGAGGAGGCUGUUUCGAAGCCGAAGCCGGUGAAGGUGCUUGAUUUAGUCUCAGAUGCCCCUAUCGAAGAGGAUGACGACAACAGUUUCAAGACUAUCGGAAAGGGCGGCCGUACUUUGCAGUUUACACCGGAGAGCAUCCUAAAGCACCUUCGGGGGAUCAUGGAAGCCCGUGGCAAGAAGAACACGGAUCGCCUGGAGCAAAUCAAGAUAAUGGUGAAACUCAACGAGAUUGCCGCCACUCCGUACCAGCGAAUCCGCGUCCUCCUGACGCUUGUCUCGGCCCGGUUUGACUUGGGCUCAGGUGCCGCAACUUACAUGCCUUUGGAUCAAUGGAAAGCUGCUGAAAAAGAACUGGCGCUUCUUUUCAGUAUUCUUCGGGACAACAAAGAGUUUAUUGUUUUGGAAAGUGCUGAAGAAUGGGACGAUGAUGAGAAGCCUCCGGUUCUAGAAGCCGGACAAGCUUAUAUCAAAAUUCCUGGCAGCAUCGUCUCCUACAUCGAAAGGCUAGACGAUGAGCUCAUUCGCUCCUUGCAGAACAUCGACCCUCACACAUCUGAGUAUAUUGAACGUCUUACGGAUGAGAGCUCUCUGUACAACAUCAUUUUCCAAGGACUCCUGUACUAUGAGACUCUCCGCCGUGACUCGUCUCUUGAAAUUCCCCAGGAGAGCCUGAACCGCAUUAUUAUGCGUAGAUUGGAACAUAUAUACUUCAAGCCUGCACAAGUCAUUAAAAUUCUGGAGGAAAGCAGCUGGAAGUCUGUCGCGGAUGAUGUUGACUCCUUGAUUUCCCCGAGGGUAGACUGCAGUGAACCGACGCGUCUUCUGAACGUGCUGUGUAGCUACCUCUUCGCUAAUAGCGAGGGUAUCAUCCGCGCACGCGCUAUGCUCUGCGAAAUCUAUUUCCUAGCCCUCCACGAUGAUUACUACCACGCACGCGACAUGAUGCUCAUGUCGCAUCUGCAGGAAACCAUUGGCAGUUUUGAUGUCCAGUCUCAGAUACUCUACAACAGGACGCUGGUCCAAGUCGGCCUCUGCGCUUUUCGGAAGGGUCUUGUCUACGAUGCCCAGAACACCUUGCAAGAAAUUUGUGGCAGUGGUAGGCAGAAGGAACUCCUAGCUCAGGGCGUUAUGAUUCAACGGUAUAGCCAAGUUUCACCGGAACAGGAACGGAUCGAGAGGCAGCGCCAGCUACCUUUCCACAUGCACAUCAACCUCGAACUCUUGGAGUGUGUGUACCUGACAUGCAGCAUGCUAUUGGAAAUCCCAUUGCUGGCGCAGACUGGAUCAUCGCCUGAUAUCAAGAAGCGGGUAAUCAGCAAGACCUACCGCCGUAUGCUUGAGUACCAUGAGCGGCAAAUCUUCACUGGGCCUCCAGAAAACACUCGUGAUCAUGUGAUGCAGGCAUCGAAAGCCCUGGCUGCUGGGGAGUGGAAGAAGGCAACAGAGUUCAUCCAUGGCAUCAAGAUCUGGGAGUUGAUGCCGCAGGCUGAUAGCAUCAAGGCUAUGCUUGCGAAGCAGAUCCAGGAAGAAGGUGUAAGGACGUUCCUCUUCACGUAUGCCCCUUUCUACGAUACGUUGGCUGUGGAGACAUUGAGCGCCAUGUUCGAGCUUGAGCCUUUCAAGGCAUCAGCCAUUAUCAGCAAGAUGAUAAGCCAUGAGGAGCUUGCGGCAGCUUUGGAUCAAGUGAAUCAGACCAUCAUCUUCCGGAAAGGCGUCGAGCUCAGUCGCCUGCAAAGCCUGGCGCUCACGCUUUCCGACAAAGCAAGUGCUCUCAUUGAGACAAACGAACGGACACUCGAACAGCGCACACAAGGCACUGCGAAUGCAUUCGAGAGGCAAGGCGGCCGUGGUCGGGGGGGUGGACAAAGGGGUGGUGCGCGAGGUGGCCGGGGCGGCCCACGGGCAGGAGGAAACACGCAGCGCCAGGCAGGUGGUACACAGUUUACUGGAGGUGCCCUGGGCGCAGCUGUUCGUGCAUAG